AUGGAGAAAUAUUUCAAAAAAGUAUCUCCUCCGGAAUCUGAUGCCAAAGCUGAUGAUUUGCCAUCUAACCUUGGUGAAAGGAAAGACAAAAGAAAAUCUCCUCCAAUAGAUAAUACCGAUAUUGAAGAUUUGCCAUCUGACCCUGGUGAAAGAAAAGAUAUAAUGAAGUAUCUUUCGCAUCAAAGAGACGAGGUUAGACGCAAAUAUCUAACUAAAGGUCCAUGUCAACCUUAUGGUCAUACAUUUAAACAAAUAUUGAAAAGUGGUUCAUUAAGACGAUUCAAUCCAGCUUGGUUUGAUCAAUAUGGUAGUUGGCUAGAGUAUAGCAUAUCAAAAGAAAGGGCAUUUUGUUUAUAUUGCUAUCUAUUUAAAGAUGAGAUACGGAUGCAAGGUGGAAGUGAUGAAUUUGUGAAAGAAGGGUUUAAUAGUUGGAAUAAGCCAGAUAGAUUGCGUACUCAUAUGGGUAAACCGCCCAACAGUUUUCAUAUUAUUGCUGCUCAGAAAUGUGAGGAUUUGAUGAAUCAAAAUCAGUCUAUAGUACAUGCUUUGUUUAAGCAAGAUGAUAAGGUGAAAAAUGAGUAUCGCAUUCGCUUAACUGCUUCGAUUGAUGCUUCCAGAUUCUUGUUACGACAAGGAUUAUCUUUCCGUGGCCAUUUCGAAAAAGAAGAAGCUGUGAAUAAAGGAAACUUCUUGCAGCUUCUGAAAUACACAGGAGAACAAAAUGAAACCAUAAGUAAGGUCAUUCUGAGUAAUGCUCCAGGAAAUAAUCAGAUGGUUUCUCCAUUAAUUCAAAAGGAUAUUGUCCAUUCAUUUGCAGAAGAAGUACGACAAGCUAUUUUAGAAAAAAUUGGUCAUGAUGUGUUUGGCUUGCUGGUUGAUGAGUCUGCAGAUGUUUCUCAUAAGGAGCAGAUGGGCGUUGUUUUUCGAUUUGUUGAUAAAAGAGGAGCAAUCAAAGAAAGAUUUAUUGGAGUUGUUCAUGUAAAAGAAACGUCUUCUCUAGCUUUGAAAUCUGCUAUAGAUGAUUUGUUUGCUAGAUAUGGGAGGAGCAUCAAAAAGGUGAGAGGGCAAGGUUAUGAUGGAGCUAGUAAUAUGAGAGGUGAGUUUAAUGGUUUGAGAUCAUUGGUUGCUAGAGAAAACAGCUCAGCAUAUUAUGUUCAUUGUUUCGCUCAUCAACUUCAGCUAGUUGUGGUGGCAGUUGCAAAAAAGCACUUUGACAUUGCUGACUUUUUUGAUAUGAUUUCUACAUUGUUGAAUGUUGUUGGGGCUUCUUGUAAAAGACAAGAUAAAUUUCGAGAAAUUCAGCGUGAAAAAUUAGAAAAACAGAUCAGUAGUGGUGAAGUUAAGACUGGGACAGGACAGAAUCAGGAACGUUCUUUACCAAGACCUGCAAAUACUCGCUGGGGUUCUCAUCACAAAACAUUGUUGAGGUUGGAAGAAUUAUUUUCUACUACCAUUAAAGUUCUUGAGUAUGUCCAAGAAGAAGGCAUGGAUGACCUACAGAAACGUCAAGCUUGUGGUCUUCUCAAAUAUUUUCACACAUUUGAUUGUGUGUUCUAUUUGCAUCUAAUGUUGCUUAUUUUGGGGCUCACUGCAAAUUUGUCAUUGGCUUUGCAAGAGAAAGAUCAAAAUAUUUUGAACGCUAUGUCACUGGUGGAAUCUACUAAAAGAGAACUGCAAAAGCUUAGGGAUGAUGGUUGGAGUUUGCUUAUGGAUAAAAUUGCUUCUUUUUGUAAGAAACAUAAUGCUGGAAUGCUCAUCAUGGAAGACGAUUUUGUUAAUCCAAAGAAUCCAAGAAAGAGAAGCAACAUAACCAAUAUGCAUCAUUAUAAGGUCAAUUGCUUUUGCACAGUUCUAGAUUUACAGAUUCAAGAGUUCAAUGAUCGUUUUAUAGAGGUAACCACUGAUCUACUUAUUUGUAUGGCUGCUUUAAGCCCGACUGAUUCGUUUUAUGCGUUUGACAAGGAGAAGCUGAUGAGAUUAGCUAAGUUAUAUCCAGAAGAUUUUACCUAUGGUGAGAUUUUAUCUCUAGAGCAGCAACUUGAUAUCUACAUUGAUAAUAUACGUAGAGAUGAAAGGUUUAAGAGUGUGGAGAAUCUUGGAGAUCUUUCUUGUUUGAUGGUGAAAACUCAAAAGCAUAUUGCACAUCAUUUGGUCUACAGGCUUUUAAAGUUAGUUCUAACUUUGCCGGUUGCCACCGCAAGUGUUGAAAGAUGUUUUUCAGCUAUGAAAUUAGUGAAAACAGCUGCACGUAACCGAAUUGGAGAUCAGUUUCUAAGUGAUUGUAUGGUCUGCUUUGUUGAAAAAGAGUUGCUUGACUCUGUUUCAAAUGAGAAAGUGAUAGAAAGGUUUCAAAAGAUGAAUGAGCGUAGAGUUGUUUUGUAA